AUGAACAGUAGCAGCAACAACUUUCAAAACAGGAAAGCCAAGGGACUUCCUCGCAUCACGCCCCUCAAGACCACCGGUCACAACUCUACUCCAUCCAUCUCGAUGAAUCCCGCUGCCUUUGCCGCCAAUCUCGCUGCUCUCAAGACCAAGAAGAAAAUCGUCGUGUGCUUGCCAGCCGAAGUACCUUUGUCGGACGAUGAUUCACUGCUUGAUCAGCCGACGGACAUUCCUUCCAAAAACGCAAUAGAUGGUAUGUGCAGCAAUGCCCGUGCUUCGGCUAUGACGCGCAGCAAAUGGAGACAGCGACUUCCAUGGAGCCCGGACCAGUACGACCGUGUUCCAUGCAUCGAUAUGCCAAAAGAUGCCACGUCUACACGCGACAUUCAUCCUGAGCCCUGGCCGUAUUGGUUGGGCCUGCCAGACACCAUCGAUAUCUAUCUUCCCGGCAUGAGUGCUUGGGACGAAUAUCUUGAAAUGCGGUACGAGGAACAGCAGAUGGAGGCUGACCGGGGCGAAAACACUCUCUAUUCACCUUUCGACCCCAGCGGCCUCCCACUGCCUCCGGACACAGCUGCAGUUAAGCCAGAGCAUCUGGGUCGCAGCUUAUCCAUCUCAACGCCCGCAGAUCCGAGCAUGGUCGCUUUCAAGCUCAACCGCUUCUUGCAGUCCCAGCAGCAAGCACAAGAGGAUGUCGAUCAGCUCCCCGACCGUGAAGCAGUCCCUGGGGCCGACGAUGCUGCCAAAGCAUGGGGUCGCUUCCCGCAGGAACUGCCCACGAGACUGCGUGAGGCUUUUGCGCGCCGCCGUGGCGAGAGCACCAAUCUCGAAGUUCGUCCCGCACUCAAGCACCUCCACACGCAUACCAUGUCGCUUGGCCUACCGAGCUCUGGCGGGCCUUUCGGCCCUGAUGUGUUCAGCGCGCUCGAUAUGAUUCGUGCCAAUUCUGACGAGGGUCCUUCCAAGCCGCCUUCUGAAGCUCAAGAUUUGCCGGACAAGCCUCUUUCCGACCCUGAAGCAUUCGGUGUCCGUGGUGACAUUUUCUUGACAAACAUUACCGAGGAAGAUGCAGAAGACGAGUCUGAGUCUGAGCUCGCAGCAGAACGACACGCACGGGCUGGAAGCUGGAAGGAUCUUGGAAGAGGCUUUGGCUACGAGCCUGAUGCGCACAACCCAGCGCAUCGUGCAUCUUUCCGCAUGCAUGCCAGAAACACUUCGAAGUUCUCAGUCAGCACCUCGCGUAACGAUGACGAUGAAAAUGACCAUCUUGAUCUCGAGGGUGAGGAGGCUGAAGUACGGACCAACCCAAGCGAGGAUGCCGACGCUUCCGACUUUGAAGAAGAGCCUGACGAGUACGGUCCUGAUCACUGGCGUGCACGCCGAGGUAGUGUCCCGCUGUCAGCGUUCGGCGAGUCUCGCCGCCGCUAUGGCGAUGAGGACAUGUCACAAGCCAGCGACGACGACAGCCUCCAGGAUUCUCUCACGCCUUCCGACGAGCAAUUUAGCAAUCCUUCCGACGAGGAAGAUGCCAGAGAGGAGCGAAUGUUGCGUCGACAGCACCGUGCCGCCGAGCGAGCGGCUCGUCGAGAACGUCAACAACGUCGACGUGGUCGUGCCAACACCGACAACACUCUGCCUAGCAGCAGCAUUGGCGAGGCGGAACUACACAAGACGGGACGCUACGCGCACUUCGAGCACGACGACGUCAUCAGCAAUCCCUCUGAUGAAGUUCUGUCUGAUAUCGAUGACUCGCAGACAUUCGGUCACGAUGGACCGCCCACCACUGCUGGUCCAGGGCCCCGUUUCAGUCGAGACUUUCGCUUUCCUCCUUCCAAACCGUCUCUAGCUGUCAGCCCUUCUCAAACGCGUGCUAGUUACACUCCAGCAGUCAACCACCCUCCGAUGUCCGGCACACUCGGUCGAGCUUCGGGUCUCUCGCUUCUGAAUCCUGAUGCCAAAGAGUUCAAAUUCGGCGGAGCAGGUGCCACUCCGCGAUCGGUUUCGGCACCUGUGUCGGGCGAACACAACAGUUCGCAUGUGGCGUCCGGACAUUUCCGCCUACCAAGCAUCAAGACCUCGAGCUUCGGCUCCGAUCUCGGAGAUCUUCCGGCCAAUGCGGCGCACCUCAAUGUCGGCGCGGCUCCAUUCACUCCUGGUGCCUUCACAUUCAAGUCUGUCAAGCGGCUGCAAGUACCGGAACUCCCGCUCACGGCGUCGUCAUGCAUCGCUGCGUCCGAUGCUGGCGACGAUGUCGACGAUAGACAGGUCGAGAAUCGAGAGUUGCAAGGCAGAGAGAAGCGCCUUCGCUAUGGACCCAUCGACUACGACAGUCAAGAUGAGCGGUAUCCUGUGUAUAGCACCAGUCCUCCCCGACCAAAAGCAUCAGCGGCAAGUAUCGAGGGUCCCCUUCGCAGCUUCAGCUCCUUGGCCAGAAAAGGUCCGCCACCAUUCCUACCUGCGGGCUACCUGCAACAGCAGCGUUCCGUCUCGCACGAAGCGCGAUUGACCGCUGACGCACCUUCGUUCGUGCCGACGUGGGCCAAAGGCGCUCCGCCUUUCGGUGGGUCGACCAGCUUCAAGCGUCCAUCCUUGCCCGACUGGAAUCAAAUAGCGGACAAGGAUGUCGAGACCAAAGCCUUGCCUUCCAUCCUGGAUCCGGCCUUCUUUGCGUUGAACACUGGAAGUAAGGCAAUCCCCAUCAAGCGCCCCUCAGACAUCAGCCAAGAAGGAGACAGAUCAUCCUCUCAUCCCUCGACUGGACCGUUCGAUGGUAGCGCUGUCGUAUCAUCAGCUGUUGCGGCUCUUAGUGCCGGUCAUCCCUCGAAUGGGGCUCUUCGGGCUUCUGGUGCUGGGCAACAACCUGCAGCUGAUCGCCACAGCGAGCGGGCGCAGCCUGUGCAGAUUCCUCCUGGGCCUGACAGGCAUGCAUCUCUCUCCGUUUCGCUUGCUUCAGAUACAGGCGCAGGUCCAUCGGGUCGACGAGACGGACAUGGCACCUUUUCAAGAGGCAGCAUCUCCUCCAUGGAUUGGAGAUUUGGAAGGAAAUACCGCGAUCGAAAUGGAUCCAAGGCCGAAAGAGACAGCGACGACUACGAUCGCGAAGAAGAGGAAGAGAGUCUCACAGACGUUGUCGAGGAGAUUGUGGAGCGUUUGGAUAAGGCGCUGGAAGGAUGGGCUGGAAAGAUUCUCGAUGAGGUGACUAUCAUGGGCCAAGUGCGACCCCAUCCGCGCAAUCCCGCCGGUUUGUCCGACAUCGUCGUUGCCCAGGACACCAUCGUCCAAGAGAUGACGAGUCGUCUGGAACAAGUGCUCGACAGUCGGCUGACUCCCAAUUUCUUCGCUACACAUGCACGAAAGCUGACGGAUGCGUCGGACGAGACGCACAGCACGAUCCGACCUAUCCGCAAGAAACCGUCGUCGACCGAUGUCAAGAUGACCAGCUCGGUCAUGGUCGAUACGCCGGGCGAACUGGACUUUGACUAUGUGCAAGAGAUCCUCGAGGUCAAAUUGAAGGAGUUCCGCACCAAUAUCGAGUCGAGCCUGACGGAGGUCGUGGAGAAGCUCGAGAGGUCCGACGAAUCCACUCCCCGCAUCAAGCACGACGAUGGAACGGGUGAGGGCAGCAACAGCCUCGUCCUGCCGUCCGAGCUGGCUGAGGUCAUCACGUCACGUCUGAUGUCCCAGCUGGAGGCACUGCUUCGGCAGCAGGCAACGGCAAGUGAAGAGGUCCAGUCGUCAUCCGGCGCCGAGCUGCAAAAAGCCAUGCAGUCCAAGUUGGACGAGAAUCUUUUCCUUCUUUCCGAGCAAGGCGCCACUGGCCGUUCGAACAUUCAGCAGAUGCUCGAGUCGGAGAUGCACACGCUCGAGCAGUCCAUCAGCAAGAUUGGUGGUUCUGUCGAAGAACACCUUCGGUCUGCGCUCAUAGAGUACCUGCCUCCACUGCUGCAAGACAAAGUAUCAAGUGACACAGCGCUGGCGGACAGACUCACGCUUCAGCUCGGAGCUGCCUUCGGUCCAGUGUUGUCAGAGGAGCGAAGGUGCUUGCUCGAGGAGAAUCAACGUAGUCGAGACCUUCUGCUGGAGGCCUUGCCGAGCUCAUACAAGAUCGCCCAGUCGACAGUCGAGCUGGUCGAGCCACUGGUUAGAAGCCUCAAGAGCGAUCCAGUCGACUCGGAUGCACUCGUCGGUAGACUGGCCGAGGUGAUCGGCAAGCAAUCGAUCGAGCACCUGGUGGACCUCACUCCCGUACUUGCACUUCUCGAGCCGCUCAUCGUCAAGCAUGAGGAGGCUCGAUCUUUCAGCAAGAAGAUUCUGGAGAGGCAGGAAGACACCGAACGCACGUUAUCGGAGUUGCCGUACGCCAUCAAUGCGAAGACCGAGAUCUUUCUGUCCAGCGCGCACGACACGAGCGAAAGGCAAGGGCUCAUCCUCGAGAAGAUCGCAGAGAUCAAGGCGGAGCUCAGGAGCAGGUCGACAGCUUCGUCGAACCCUACAGCGAUCGAUAUAGAGGCUCUGCACAGAAAGCUCGAGGACUUGACAGAGGACAAGCUGUUGACAAGGGAGACCGCCGAGAGGACGCUCUCGGAGCUGGCAGGUGUCUAUCAGGUGCUCGACUCUUCAUAUGAGGCACUGUCUCGCCUGGAAGCUCAGCAGGAUUCAAGCGAACAGUCACAUCGAGAGCUCCUGGCCAGGUCGGAGAGGCAGGCAAAGGAUAGCGCUGACCUGGCGAAGGAGCUGAGGGAGGCCGAAGCACGUGCGGCACGGGCCGAGGCCGGUCAAGCUGAAGCUGUUGCCAGGUUGUCAGUCUCGCAAAAGGAAGCUACCAUGCUCCGCGAGCAGCUCGCGCAGAUGACAGCUGAGCUUGCUGCAACCAAGGCGGAGAACGGCAAGGAGCGGGAAGCAUCGGCCAAGGCUGUCGCAGAAGCAGUAGCUCGGGCGGAUCGAGCCGAGGCUGCGCACGUCGAGACGCAACAUCGCAUGAAUCGUCUGCUCGAGCAAGCGAACGUCGCCGAGCGCGAAGCGUACGAUACCGCCAAAUCGGUGCUAGAACGAGCCUCGAAAGCAGAAGGUCAAGUCGCUGCGCUGGAAAAGCGCAUCUCGGAACAAGACAACAAGAUCGCCAACCUGCAGCAGCUCUCUGCGACGCAGAAGCAGAAGGCGGCUCAGAGCCACCAGAAGCUCGCAGAGGGAGAGAAGCGGGUCAAGGAGCUGGAGGGCAAGACGGAGCAGUUGGCGGAGACGACAGCGCGUCUGAAGGUGUUUGAAGAGAGGGCGGAGGAGUUGGAGGAGACGCGACGUGAGCUGCAGCAGAGCGUGGGGAGGGAGAGGCGCGCCACGCAGCAGGUCGGGGAGUACGAGGAGCGGGUCAACCAGAUGGAGCGAGAUCUGGCCAAGAUGAAGGAAGAGUUUGUCGAGCGUUCGGCGCACGAGGAGGUGAAGUUGCAGUUGAAGGAAAGUCAGAAGCUAGUCGAGGAGCUGGAAGCCAAACUUCGGGUCGGGUACACGUCACUGCAGACGAACGAGGGGUGGGAGACGGUCUCGAACGGAGUCGCUUGGGGCUCGAUGCAUUCUCCGCACGCCCAGCAGAACGGAGAUGCGAAUCGAUCGAUCAGGUCCGUAUCGUUCGCGUCGACGGCGGGAGGUAGUAAUGGUGCGAAGAGGGAGGUCGAGGUGGACGACGGAGGGUGGUGGUCCUGA